AUGGAUGACACAGACCCCCAGGACCACCUGUCCCUUAUGAAGGGGGCUAAAGAUAUGGUGAGGGAGGCCAAACGGCAAGCCGCCAAGAAGGUCAACACGGUGGUUGACCGAGCAUCAGAGGAGUACUCAAACAGCCGUGCCUAUCACCGCUUCCAGGACGAAAAUGACGGUGAAUCCAACGACCCGCCUCAGGGCAACUACACAGGUGAUCAAGCCAAUGAUGAAGAAGGUUCCAGUGAUGCCACCGAAGGUCAUGAUGAAGAGGACGAGAUAUAUGAGGGUGAAUACCAAGGAAUUCCCUCUGAAUCUGGGCACAGGGAUGGACAUGUGGCUUUGGGGCAGCCUAUAGCAGAUGGCCUUAAAGACCGUAGAGAGCUUGAAAGUGAGAGGCAAGCAGAUGAGGAGGAGCUGGCACAGCAGUAUGAGCUGAUCAUCCAGGAGUGCGGCCACGGCAGGUUCCAAUGGCAGCUGUACUUCACACUUGGGUUAGCGCUCAUGUCUGAUGGUGUGGAGGUUUUCAUAGUUGGCUUUGUGCUGCCCAGUGCUGAAACAUAUAUGUGCACGCCUGAUUCAAGAGCUGGAUGGCUAGGUAGCAUUAUAUACGUGGGGAUGAUGGUGGGGGCUUUCUUCUGGGGUGGCAUGGCAGAUAAAGUGGGCCGGCGGCAGUGUCUGCUUAUCUGCAUGUCCAUGAACGGUUUCUUUGCCUUCCUGUCUUCCUUCGUACAAGGCUAUGGCCUCUUCCUACUCUGUCGUAUGAUAGCGGGAUUUGGGAUUGGUGGGACGGUACCUAUUGUGUUUUCUUACUAUGCCGAAGUCUUAGCAAGGGAGAAACGUGGUGAGCAUCUGAGCUGGCUCUGCAUGUUUUGGAUGAUUGGGGAAAUCUACGCUUCUGCCAUGGCCUGGGCUAUCAUACCUCAUUAUGGAUGGAGCUUCAGCAUGGGUUCGGCAUAUCAGUUCCACAGCUGGAGGGUAUUUGUAGUGGUGUGUGCUCUGCCAUGUGUCUGCUCUGUGGUGGCUCUCACCUUCAUGCCAGAAAGUCCAAGAUUCUAUCUAGAGGUGGGGAAGCACGAUGAGGCCUGGAUGAUCCUCAAGCAGAUCCACGACACCAACAUGAGAGCACGCGGACAACCAGAAAAAGUCUUCACUGUAAAUAGAAUUAAAAUCCCAAAGCAGAUUGACGAGUUUGUGGAAAUGCACCCAGAGACCAGUAACUUUGUGUCCAAAGUUAUUUUCCGAGUGAAGACAGAACUUUAUGGGAUUUGGUUAAACUUCAUGAAGUGUUUCAAUUAUCCAGUGAGAGAUAAUACUAUAAAGCUGGCCAUUGUGUGGUUUACACUGUCAUUCGGAUACUAUGGCUUGUCUGUGUGGUUCCCUGAUGUGAUCAAGCACCUUCAGGCAGAUGAGUAUGCUUCUAAAGUGCAGUGGCAUACUAAUGAGGAAACUGAGGACUUCACAUUCAACUUCACAUUAGAGAACCAGGUACACACCAAUGGUGUGUUCAUCAAGGACAGUUUCAUAAGUAUGAAGUUCAAGUCAGUGACUUUCAUCAACACCACGUUUCAAAGCUGUCUCUUUCAAGAUGUGACGUCUGUGGGAUCGUUCUUCCGAAACUGCACUAUCAUUGACAGUUAUUUCUAUAAUACAGAUAUUGACGAUUCCAAACUCAUAAACACAAAAGUCACAAACAGCACAUUUCUUCACAACAAAACCGGUUGUCAGAUGACGUUUGAUCAUGACUACAGCGCCUACUGGGUCUACUUUGUCAACUUCCUGGGGACGCUGGCUGUGCUACCAGGAAACAUUGUGUCUGCACUGCUCAUGGAUAAAACAGGACGCUUAUCCAUGCUGGGAUUCUCCAUGAUCCUUUCUGGGAUUAGCUGCUUCUUUCUGUGGUUUGGCACCAGUGAGGCCAUGAUGAUUGGAAUGCUGUGUCUUUACAAUGGCCUCAGUAUCUCUGCCUGGAACUCACUGGAUGUGGUCACAGUAGAGCUAUUUCCUACCGACAGGAGAGGGACUGGCUUCGGCUUCUGUAACGCCUUGUGUAAGCUGGCAGCAGUGCUGGGGAACCUGAUCUUUGGCUCUCUGGUCAGUAUUACUAAAGCCAUCCCGAUCCUGCUGGCAUCCUCCGUGCUGGUGUGUGGCGGUCUGGUGGGACUGCGGCUCCCGGACACAAGGUCCAACGUCCUGAUGUAGGAAGUCAACAGCUUCACUCAGCCCAUGUGUCUCCUAUCCACUGUUUACAUAGUUUGAAGAAUCCCUUUUCCAUUUUGAAAAGCUAAAUCAUGACCUAGAAGAAGAGAAAAGAGUGAGAAAUAUGUAAAUUAAGUAAACGCUGAAGCUUAAGCAGAAUUGAGUGAUAAUGUGAGUCUUAUUAUGUUUGAGGCCAUCGCAGAUUUGAUGCAGAGCAUUCCAGCAUUCUCAUGAGGUAACAAGGCAGAAAUCUAAAACCACAAGAUUAUAAUGAGUAAUGCACUUAAAUCUAAACAUACAGUUAAAGAUCAAAAGCCCAGGAGGGUUGUGAAUCAAUUUCGUAACACUAUUAUUUCAUUACAUGAGUAAUGUCUUACAGAUUGCUUUAUUGUCUCUGUAUUUUUAAACAGGCUGCAAGUCUCAUACAUUAUGCUGAUGGUAUGAAGCUGAAAGCUGGUACUGAUAGAGAUGUAAACAUGAAUGAACCUCUUAUGAAGAUGCUCAAAA